AUGUCUUCCAAUAGACCUCGUAUUAUUACUGCCAGAGCUCCAGUUCUGCCACAACAAACUACUCCAGAACAAAGAUAUUGGAGACAGUAUUCUUCUGCACAAUUGGUGAAAGAACACAAUGCCGUGACACAUAUUUCCUUCAAUCCACAAAGUCCAUAUGAUUUUGCAGUCACAUCUUCAACCAGGAUUCAGUUAUUUUCUUCAAAGACUAGACAAGUUAUUAAAACAUUUUCCCGUUUCAAAGAUGUUGUUUAUUCUGCAUCAUUCAGAGCAGAUGGUAAAUUAUUAGUAGCUGGUGAUGCUACCGGUUUAGUUUCAAUUUAUGAUUCAUAUAAUCCAAGAAAUAUUUUAGUGUCUAUUAAUGCAUCUACACAUCCAACACAUGUGACAAAAUUCCAUCAGCAUGAUAAUAAGACCUUGAUUACUGCAAGUGAUGAUAGAUUGACCAGAGUCUGGGAUAUAUCUCAUCCAUAUGAACCACAAUUAGAAUUAAGUGGUGCCACAGAUUAUAUUCGUUCGCUUUGUUUUAUACCCAAUGCUCCACAUUUAGUUGCUACUGGUUCUUACGAUAAUUUUGUUAGAUUAUACGACACUAGGAGUAAAUCAAAUAAACCAAUCUUCCAAUUGAACCAUGGUAAUCCAAUUGAAAAUGUAAUAUCUAUAUCACCAACUCAAUUGGUAUCAUGUGGUGGAACAAGUUUUAAGGUUUGGGAUUUGACCCAUAAUUCUACUUUAUUCGAAAGAGGAAACUUUAAUAAAACUGUAACAUGUUUAGACUAUAUUGAAAAGUUCAAUGCUCCGAUGAAUUCUGCUUUAAUUGCAUCCUCUUUGGAUGGUCAUGUUAAAGUGUUUGAUCCAUUAGAUAAUUUUAAAGUUAAAUUUGGAUGGAAAUUCUCCAGUGCAGUAUUAAGUUGUGCCAUUUCUCCAUCUAUAAUGGGUGACGACUCUAAUAAUGGUGGUAUACUUGGUUCAAAAGAAGAUUUAAAUGCUAGAAUGAAUAGACAUUUGGUUGUUGGGAUGUCUUCUGGUCUUCUAGCUAUUAGAACAAAGAAAGGGUCCAUUGUCAAAACAAAAGAAGCUAAAGCAAAACUUAUGGAAUCCCAGUUAGCAUCACAGUCGACACCAAAGAGUAAUAACUUUAAAAGAAUGAUGAGAGGUUUAGAUUAUAAUGGUGACCAGGAGAAUAUUAUUCAUAACGACACAUCUAAACCACAACAACAACAGCGUCGUAUACGUCCAUUUGAAAGAUGCAUCAAUAAAUUCAAGUGGUCAGAAGCACUUGAUUGUGCUUUUGUUCCUGGUAUGGCUAAAGAAUUGACAGUUACUAUUUUACAAGAGUUGAGAAAACGUGGUAAAAUUCGUGUUGCAUUAUAUAAUAGAGAUGAAACUACUCUUGAACCAUUGUUAAAUUGGUGUUUAAGAGGUAUUGAAGACGUUAGGUUUUGUUCGAUUGUGGCAGAUUGGAUAGCUGUUGUUUUAGAAUUAUAUGGUAACAAUAUUAUAGAAAACUCGCCUGUAUUACAACAAAUUUUAAUUGAUUUAAGAAAUAAGGUGAGAAAUGAAAUACACAAGGCUAAAGAGGCAAAAAGAAUUGAAGGCAUGUUACAAUUAUUAACAAAUUGA